GGACAAGGUUCUCAAGACUUUUCCAGGCACUUUGGAUUCAACCAACGUAUUUCAUGCGCAGUCGCUACUCGAGCGUCCCAAAGACCCCACCAUUGCAGACAAGAGUCAUACAUAAUGUUUCUAACCCGCGUUAUACGUUCAUUGCUCUCGCAGAGAUUGCAUCCCAAUUGAACCAUUCCUAUCGUGCCGAAACUUCAAGUGCUUCGAUUUCUCAACGCCACUUCCACCCAUCGCAUCUGGAUUGCGCAGUUAAAUGUCCGAGAAUAACAGACGGGAUUAAAAGCCGUACUCCGUCACUCUCUGCCGUCCACAGAUGGAUAUUAUCAUCCCCAACCGAGCACGGGUUUUUAUGUCACCAUCCUCAGGCUGCAGCCCUUCAUACAAGUGCUCGGCGUUUUGCAUCAGUAGCUCUUCGAAGCCCAACCUCCCGCACCAUUGAUGCCAAUAUGCCUCAAAAAGAGUCUCCAGAUUCUCCUCCUAGUAAAGAAGUGCUAUUUCGUCAACUUGAAAUGGCCAAACUCAAGGGGAGCCGAAGAUCUCUGGUGGCAUUAUUUGAGCAAAUCGUCCACGAGGGCUGGUUAAACGAACUUCCUUCAGAGACCAUUCUAUUCUGUGCGGAAUCGAUGCGCUACAUUCGACAUCCUCAUCUUCUCACAGGAAAGCAAGGGAUUCUUCUGGUGCAACAAACGGCGCGGGCGCUUGAGCCAAUUCUGGAUACUCUCCGACAAAGAACUUAUCAUUCUGACGAUAUCCUCCUGCGUAUUCAGUCUCUGGAGUGCCAUCACACGGCCCUUACAGGCAAUGUUACAAAGAUUGGGACAUUGACUCGUCGAUUGUUUCUCGCUGCGGCUCCGACGGGAACUCUCGACGAUCCCGGAAUUGCGGACCUCCUCUUUCGAACCCUAAUUCAGUCAAUUUGUGCCUAUAAGCGAAACAAUCACUCGGAUUCUGCGAAAGGAGCUCUCUUCUGUGUACUACAAUCCUGGACCGUGAUGCGUCCAUAUCUUUUCUCCCAGCAGAGGAAAGCCUACACGGAGAAACUGUACCUUCUGGGGAACGUAAUCCGGAAGGAGCUUUUUGACGUGCUUACCCGGUGCAUCGAACGACCCGGUGAAUGGUAUCAAAGUCGGCAGGCCCUGCAUACUGAGCAAACGUUCCAACACCUGGGGGAAUUGUUGAUUGAAUGCUAUGGAACGCGGGAAAUGCCUUUGCACGCUUUGAGUGUUUUGCGUUCGAUGCAACAGAUUGGCGUCCCAGUUGUGCAUUACAGCAUGAUGUCGGUACUCAAACUCCUGAUCUCUCAUGAUCUGCUUGAAAUUGCCGACGAAGUCUAUGCAGGCUUUCGAGAUCUCAUGAAAGCUGACUUAUCGUCAGAGGCAUUCCUACAUGCCAGCCUCCAAUACUUCGCACACAAGGGUGAUUGCGAAAGUGUGGAGGACAUCCGGGAGGAGAUGAUCAACCGCGGGUACUCAUUGAACGCACCACGGAUGUUGUGGAUCAUGCAUGUCUACGCCGUAGCAGGCAACCCUGACCGCGUCAUCGAGUAUUUCGAAUCGUUCUUCCCUUCCUGUCCCCAAACCGACUCAAAUCCGCAAGCUGUCCGACCAAGCGUCAUGCAUUUUGCCACAGUUAUUUACGCUCAAUCUUUAGUUGGUGGCGUGCAUGAGAUGAAUGCAUGGCUGGAGAAGAUGGUCGAGGCUGACGUAUCUCCUGACAUCCGAGUUUUUAAUCACAUCUUGAAGGCAUUCUCGCACAAGGAGGAUCUGGAUGCGGUGGAGGAGACCACAAAACGAAUGCGAGCAUCAGGAGUCCGCCCUAAUCAAGUAACGUAUUCGUUACUCAUGCGAAUGUACGGCCGCCGACGAGACCCAAUCAACGCCGAGAACGUCUUCCAUCAGUGCCUCAAAGCUGGGCUCCGACCGAACCAGCAGUUAGUGCUCGCACUCAUGGACGCUCAUGCUGAUGCCGGUUCUUGGAAAGGGGUUAUACGCGUGUUCGAUUUCUUGCGCGCGGAGCACUCGAGCCAGCUCUGGCUUGAUGUCCACAUUUACAAUGUCCUGCUCAAGGCAUAUGUCCUUGUUGGAUCUCCCUUUCCAAUCGUAUUGCAUUUAAUGGAGAGUUUUGAAAUCAACGGCAUCAAGCCUAAUCCAACUACCUAUCUCCUGGCCGUUCAAGCGGCAUGCAAUGCUGGGAAGAUGGACGCUGCAAGGGAUCUCCUGGCCGAAAUGUUAUCGCUCGGCAAUCAGUGGCGUGGUUCUGACCGUUCAGCCUUAUGUUUUGCCCAUACGAUGAUGAUGGGCACAUAUUUACGACUAGGUGAUAAAGGUGGGGCAAAGGAGAUCUAUAGCGCGAUGCAGAAACAGAACAUCGUCCCAACCUCGACUACUUUUGGCAUAAUCAUUCGAGCAUACGGAAACGAGGGUACACUGGAAGGAUUGCGUCUAGCUGAGGAGUUCCUUGCCGCUUUACUGCGACUUGAUCCUGAACAAAAGGAUCCCAUUUGGACGAGAGACCCUCGCGGCCGCACCCAUGCGCUUGAGGACGUAUUUGUUCCCAUCCUCCAGGCGAAUAAUCGAUGGCACAACUUGAAUCAUGUCGAACAUCACUUUGCGACCCUAUCAGAGAUGGAGCCUGGCCCACCAACUAUCUUGGCGCUCUGCCCAUUAAUGGAAUCAUAUAGCCGUGCCGGUGAUCUGGAUGGCGUCAAAGCUGUGUGGGAAAGGAUAUUCGAAACCGCCCUGUGGGAGACUCGAACCCGUGAGAUUCUCCACAGCCAUGUUGGCGCACAGGACAAGCCAGGGGCUAGUUUGACAGCAGCGCGGGAAGGCGCGUUGGACGGUUCCCAGGAUGAAUUACGGAAAGCAGGUCAACGUGCCCAGAGAUCGAACAUCCUCUGCGUACCAUUGUCAACCUACAUCUCAGCCCUCUCUGGCGCAGGCAAACACAACGAAGUCGCUCAUGUGUGGGCGAAGGUCAAAGCACACGGAUUUGGAUUUGAUUCGCAUAACUGGAAUCACCUUGCGAUAUGUCUCGUCCGUGCUGGGGAGCCAGAGCGUGCAUUCGAGAUCUUGGAGAAAGUCAUCCUUCCGUUCCAGGAAUUUACCGCUCGAGACGUUGCACAAAGAGAACUGAAACCCGAAACGCCUUUUACGUUUGUUGAGGCAAGUUCAGAUUGGCGUGACCCUGGUGAUGCAGGAAAGUCGUUCGACCCGCUCCUUGAUCACACCCGCCGAGAUACGCUGAGCCAACAUGCGGACGAUUUGGACUUAGGCCGUGCGGGUCCUGCGAAACGCCCGUACCAUUUCAUCCAAGAGUCCGAUUAUUACUACCCGGUUGCCUCGCUCAAGCACAUUAGCCAAGGAGAAUUGGGCGUUAAUGCGGACAGUGCUGCGGGCGAUGCUGCGGAUGAUGAUUUGGCAGAGGGAUUACAUUUAUAUCAUCAGAUAUCGCCUGCGUGGAAUCACUGGAAACCGCACCGUAUAACCCUUCACGUUCUUGAUGCUGUGUUGAAACGCUUGGCUUCGGGAAGGAUGAUCCGGCCAGCUAACCCAUCUGAUUCGCUUCAAUUGGCGGUGCAUGAGGAGCAAUCAGUGCGCAAUGCAGAAGAACUCCACCGUCGCAUCAUCGAGAGAUUUCCGGCGGCUGUCAAAGCAGUAUACGAUGUGCGCUACAGGCACAAGAGGGAUAUAAGGAAGGGGAUAAGUCAGAAAGGGUAUAUGAACCCUAUGAUGAACUAAGAGUAGGGUGAAGCGCGGUUAGGGCUUGCCUACGAGCAUUGAAUGUGCGCGAAAGCUGCGAUCAAGAUGAUGUCCGAAGUAAGAUAAAUGUAAUGUAGAGUGAAGAGAGGAUAAACCAGCGAAGGUGCGGUACAUGUACACUGGCAGUGCUCCCGGCACUACAAAUCUAAUAACCCGUAUAUGGAGGCAGCAGAUUCUAUCCCGAUGUGGCAAAAACCGAAAACGCCAAAUCGUGAACGCGAG